AUGGGUCGUGCAAAGCCAAUUGCCCAAAAUCUCCUUGCCGACCUCCCGACUGAUGCUGAUGCUGUACCAUCCCAACCAAUGACCCCACCGAAGCCAAAAAGAAUCAAGAAGGCCCAGCCUAAGGCCAAGGCUGUUGAUGCUGAGGAUAGUUUGCCUAUCUCAAAACUGGCUGAGAGUAAGAAGACUUCUUUUGCUCCUGCAAAAAGGUCUGCCGAGACCCAGCCCUCCGAGUCCACCCAAUCAAAGAAGCUGAGGUCUGCCUCAGCUACAACUUCGGGGUCCAAGAAACCCGAUGUCCCCUGGGCACCAAAGUUGACUUUGGAGGAUAGGCCAAUUAUGUCAACUGAGAGUGCCGACGACAUUAAUGUCGGUGUCGCCCUCAGUACUGCUCUUCUUCUUCCAAGCGAUCUGGAGCGAAAUGCUGGGUACAACGAGUACGAAAACUACGCGCUAAUGCUCCAGCACUCCGUUCAAGCCAUCCAGCACGCCCAUUCGUUUUCGAUGCAAUCUUUUGAAAAUCGGCAAAGAGUGGUCGACUUGAAGAGGGAGGUUUCUGCCCUCAAAAAGGAUAGUAAAUCUCUUGAAUCAAAGAUGAAGAAAUUGGAAGAUCAGGCCGAGGCCGCUACUAAGGCCCAGCAGAUGGCCGAAGAAAAAGCGGAGUCUGCUGAGGCUAUUAGAAAGGUUGCCGAAGCUGAAAAGAAAAAGUUUAAAUCAAAAAUGGUUUAG